AUUUGUGCUCUUUGGGAUAGAAGAGACGCAUAUGGUAACUUCUUAUCCCAGAAAACUCUGCCUGAGAUUUUGUGCCAGCAUCUUGACCACCAUAGAUAAUUAAAGACCAUUUUUCCAAAGGCACUGGGGCACCUAACAUAAAUUAAGUAGAAGAGGAAAAAAAAGAAACCAAACCACCACGAUUUGCCUAUUUCCCACUGAUAUCUGGGGAAAAUGGUUCUAAUCUGUAUCCUUGGAAAUCUGCAAUCAGCCCUCAAAAAAACACCCACAGGGAAUAUUACCUCAGCAUCUUAUCAGAACUGUAAAGCUGGGGCUACAUUUCGGGUGUGCAAUAUGCUAUUACAGCACCUUCACCAGGGCAUCCUGCAUAUACCAGAGCUGAGAAAGGUGUGAAGGAUAUAUAAGAGCCGUAUUUCUUGUCAGCAAGGAAGAGGGAAAAGGAUACUCCAGAGCUGGAUGCAAGCGUGGAAUUGUUGCAUGCACCCUUCUUGCUGACACAGACGGGCUUCUCCAGUUAGAUCCGUGACCACAAAAAGAAAGUUUGGAAGGAAAGAUGUGCAACCUAAAGCUGUCUGUUUUCUUCAUUGCACUUUCUGUCACUCUGAGCUGUUUGGAAGCUACACCUAUUGAGAAAUUACUGUCUGUGGCCGAUGAUCUGUCCGAUGGUACUUCUAAGAGACAAGGAUGGAUAUUGCCAGUAAUGUCACAGAAUACACUCUCAGGACUUAGUGAGGAAAUCCCAGAACAACCAGCAGCAAAGGCAAAAAGUCACCACCUGGAGAAGCGGAAAUGCAACACUGCUACGUGUGUGACACAGCGCUUGGCCGACUUUUUGGUUCGUUCCAGCAACAGCAUCGGAGCAAUUUAUUUGCCUACGAAUGUGGGCUCCAACACAUAUGGAAAGAGGGACACAGAAGGGCUAUUAAGCAGAGAACCCCCGAACGAUGCAUAGCUUCAGGGUGUUAAGGUGGCUACCGAUACAGUUUUCAUUAGGAGCUCAGAUUUUAAUGUAUCAAUAACCUCUUGGUCAUUUAUUACUUGUACAGUCUUAACAGUGCCUUGUUUUCUGUGUGUGCGUGUGGGUGGGUAUGUGAUUUAUGUUCACCAUUUCACUAUGCAUGUACAAGGACAUGCAUAGGCUAUCCUUCCAACUCCAUUAAGAAUCCCAGAAACCUGCUUGUCAAAUUCUGUUGUAAAAAAGUAAAUGUAUCUAUCAUGAUAAUAAAUGGAACAGUAAUUGCAA